CAAGUCACAUCACCAGUAAGUUGCUUCGCAUUUUUAUUGUGUCGUCGUCGUUGGAAAAUCUGUCGAAACUGUGCGUGAAAAUGGCAAGUUUUUCGCCCAAUCAAUUGCGGCAAUGCGCCCGAUUCACGGGAACUGCCUGCACACCGGAAAAGGAGCAAAAACUGCGUGAUCAAAUACACAGUGAACUGGCAAAAAUUAAAUAUUGCAGUAAUCCCACAUACGAAUGCAGCUUGAUGCGCAUUGAUGGCUACGAAUAUUGCAUUCGCCACAUUUUACGUGAUCCACGCGCCAAUUAUCGCCAAUGCUCCCAUGUUUAUCCCAAUGGACGCAAGUGCACCAAUGCGGUGCCCAAAUUGGACACAAAAAAAGAACAGAUUUUGACCACGUUGUGCUUCGAACACAAUCGUCAAACCCAAUUGCAAAAGACACAUUUAUCAGUGGGUCGCUUGCGUAGUCGUGUGGAAACCAAUGAGACCCUCUUGAACAGCUUGUCGCAUCACAUUAAUGUGGAGGACAUAAAGCCGGAGCUACCCAAACACGAACCGGACGAUGAUGAAAUUGAUGUUGUAUCACCACAUGUGACUCCAUUUGUCAAUCAGGAUCACACCAGCAGCAUGGGACAGGUAGUGUCCAGCGUUCGUAAGCGUCGUCGCAUUUUGGAUUAUGCCUCAGACAGUUCCAGCAACGAUGAGGAUCCCCCUUGUCUGCGCAACACAGCACGCGAUGUAGAGUUUUAUGAAUCGGACUACGAAAGUGUCGAUUCCGAGGAGGAUGAUCCACUCAAGCACGCUGGCGUUUAUACCAGAGCGGAAGCAGUGCGUCUCUCAGAGUUGAAGCUGAUUAAGCUGCAGGGCUUGUAUCGCGAACAAAUCAAUCACUUGCAACACGUCUUUAAGCAGCGUCGCCGCAGCUAUUUGCAUGACAUACGCCGUGAGCGUGAAACAUACUGCAGCAUUCAUGAUCAACUGAAGGACACGCCACAUGAGCGCAAACAGUACGAGCAGCUUAAGGCACUCAAUAGUUACCAUCGCCGUCAAGGAAUGGAAGCGGUGCUUUACAAGAAGAUGAAGGAGAAACGCUCGCGAGACACUAUGCUCUCGUCUAAAUCUUCUAGUCAGCCCAAAUGCAUCUUCACCGAAGGUGGCGUCAAGUGCGGCGAACGCACGUUGCCCUGUUGCAAGCACUGCCGCAAGCACAUACUCGAGGAUAAGCGUCAGGUGUUGUAUCGUGCUUGCGGUGUCGAGCGCAGUGGAGUCGUGUGCCAAGAACCCGUGGCCAGCAUUCUCGAGGACUCUACGUGUGUGCUGCAUUUGAAUGUGGCGCCGGCCAAGCGUCAGUACAUACAAAAGUUUUAUGGCGUGCCAAGCACACCGAAGAUCGAAAGUGUAUUUGCCUCAAGUCGCCCAAGUGCACCAGAUAGUGAUGAUGGAGACGUUGACAAUCGAUCGCCGAUGUCAAACACUAUAUUGAAUUUUAAUAGUGAAACAGCCAAUACGAUUGAUGAGAACUAUGCCAUGUUGCUGGACAUGGACGAUAAUGGUCUGGAUUUGGCGUUUGACGAUGCGAACGGAUUAAUUUUAGAUCACGAAGAAGAAAUUCCACAUCAAGCUGAAUCAAUUUCCAAUUUAAAUGAUGUGCCAAUUGAUUUCAAUCAAGUCGAAGCUGAAAUUAUGAAUAUUCUAGCGAGCAUCGAUGAAAUGCCUUGGCUCGAUUCAUUGCUGCAAUAAAAUUUCACAAUCAAGUCAAUUGAAAUCAUCCUGCUGCAUAAAUGCGAAUCUGAAACCGAAGAUGACGAACCAUCGUCUACCAACGUUAAACAGGAGAUUAAGAAAGAGGACGAGCAAUCAGAAGCAAAC